AUGAAAGUGUCCAGCAUCGACUGCCGGCGUCUGAGGAAAAUCAUCAGGAAGGAGAGCGGGAGCUGCCUUAUUGUGGACUGUCGACCUUACUUCUCAUUCACAAACUCAAACAUCAGAGGCUCUGUCAAUGUUAAUCUCAACUCAGUGGUGGUCCGGAGGUCCCGAGGAGGGCCGGUACCUCUGCAGUUUGUCAUCCCGGAUGAGAGAGCCCUGUUUCGGCUGCGGGAGGGAAGCAUAUCGGCCAUCGUAGCUCUGGAUGACCGGACGUCCCAUUGGCAGAAGCUGAAAAAGGACAGUGUAGCACAAAUAGUAAUAAACACCCUGUCACAUCUAACGAGCGGGGCAAACGUCUGUUUCCUGAAAGGUGAGAGCUUUUGGAUGUUAAACGCUUUAAAUCGAGAAAGGUCAAUCUAAGGAUAGUCAGUUUCGGUUUGCUUGAUGAGACAGAAAUAGACCGUCUCGUCUUUAAAACUGACCACGGCUUGCCCAUUUCACAUUGGGCUGCCCCUAAUAUAACAGUCUUAAUAUUAUGGGAUUCAUUUUCAACUAGGUAUUUGUUUUGUGCUUAACAAGAUGGGGUACAGCUACAACAAAACAACUUUUCUCAUCUUUGGCCCUUAUUUUAAGGACUGAAACCAGUCUACCUUAACGUCUCACUUCACUUUAUUUGUAAGUAUCCUUAUAAAGGAUUGAUACCGAGUCAUCCUCUGGAGCUGCCCACAUUUUUUCUCACUUCUUGGAGAGAUAAAUGUCCUGUGUGCGUCAACGGAGCAGAUGAGUCAGUGUUUGAGAAAUUAGUGGUGCAAUGAGUUUCAUUGAUAAAAUAAAGUUAAAAAAGGAGUAAGAGAAAAGGAGAAGUGGGCUGUUGCUCGUAAGUAAUUUAAUCCACCUGGGCUUUAAUGUUUUAAAACGAAUCCAUUUCCGUCUGUUACCCCUCCGUCCUCAGGAUGUUGUCCUAAAAGGAUUACCGGCCCUUUUAACCGCGAGCUCCUGUAAUUAAUUACGCGCUCAUAACCAGGUUAUAAAGGUCAUAAUCCAGAGCUAAGACUGUUUCAUAAAAGCUGCCAUUUCUCAAGAAAAUUGACGAGCGUGUCAGGGGGGGAGAGGUAGAAAUAUUCUAAGCUCAUUCAUGUGUGUUGAUUCCCCCUCCCUUUCUUUCUCUCUCUCUCAGGGGGAUACGAGAACUUCCACUCUCAAUACCCUGAACUUUGCACUGAGGUGAAAACCAUCGACCAGAGCGGAACUGAAACUGAGAAACGAGUCAGCAGUCACAGCGAGAGGCUUUGUCACCACAAACCAGAUUAUGAUCAGGUAUGGAAACACCCGAACAGAACGCACCUUCUCUCUUUCACUUACAGGGCCCACAGGGUAAUAAUUUUACCUUACCCUUGAAAAGAGAAGAAGAAACACACCCACUGUUUUUUAAAUUUAUAUUUGGCAUUUUCUUAACAUUCAUAUGAUAUUCUCUGACCUUCACCACUCUGCGGUCAUUUCAAAUGUGGCUCAAAUAGGCAGAGGGCACACUGUGCUUACAUCAGGACCCCUCAUAGAGAAAAAAAACACUUUCAUCUCUGACCUUUCCUCUUCACUAUCCACUGCAAAAUUACAAAGCACGAGGCUGCUUCACAUGUCAAACAUCUUUUGACCGUGUCUGUGUUGAAAUGUUAUGGCUAAUUCUGCUCAAAGCUGAAUAAAAUCAGAAAAAUUCAACCUCCAGCUGCAUGCAUCUGGGCACGUUUUAUCUGUGAAUGAACACAAUGUUCUGCUUACUGCUCAUUGGUCUGGCAGGUGUUGGAUGUUUUGGCUUCAAUACUCUUCUUAGGGACUGAAUGCAUCAAAAUAUAAGCUCCAUUUUUUUCUUACUCUGUCUGUGAAACAAACUGAUGUACUUUUUAGUCUUUAGCUGAAUGAACUCACUUCUUUUUCUUCUCUCUCUCUUAGGGUAAACCUGUCGAGAUCCUGCCUUUCCUCUACCUCGGUAGUGCCUACCAUGCCUCUAGACAGGACUAUCUCAGCGACCUUCACAUCACGGCCUUGCUCAAUGUGUCCCGCAGAGACCUGCAGCCGGCUAAGGGCCGCUACGACUACAAAUGGAUCCCGGUAGAGGACAGCCACAUGGCUGACAUCAGCUCCCACUUCCAGGAGGCAAUAGAGUUUAUCGGUGAGUCUAAGAGGAAUCAGUACUUAAUUUGAUUGACAGGGUCUAAUCCUGAGUUUUAAAACGUCACAGCAGCAUUUAGUGUUUACGUUUUGUUGUUUCAAGAGGAUCUCACCAACUAGGAAGAGGAAUAAAUAAUCUCUGAGAAGCCAGUCUUUUCCUAGAGGGCCACCAUCCUUAGUGUCUGUAUAUUUCUGGUGCAACAUCAUCCCAAGCUUCUCAAAAUUACCCAAGCUGAGGUAGUGCGUUAUCUAUAUAUAGAUCUGUUUAUUCCUGCACCUUAAAAUAAGCCCCUAUUUUACUGCCUCAUACUGGCUACCAUUCAUGAAAACAGAGCUAUAAGAAACCUCACAGUAAUCAGUUUAACUUGAUCGCCUACCUUUAAUCCCCCACAAACAUAUCCAGCCAGUCUGCUUUCAUUCAGGAUUUGCUCACUUCCCCCGUUCCCUUCCGACCUCGCUCCAUCCACCCCUCCUCCCCCACAAUGUCUUAACUUGAAAAAGACGCUCCCAUGCCGUCAUUGCCUCCGAGGCCUAAUCUCUGUGGCUUACUGUGCCGGGUGUGGCCAGUCAGUGUGACAACUGGGUGAGCUGUCCGUGUUUAGUAAUGGCCGGGGGUGGAGGAAGACAAAGAGUGGGAAGAGGAGCAUGGGGCGGACUGACACAUUCAAACACCCUCAGUCAUGGUUGUUUAUGGUGAAGGAUAAAGGAUAAAGGACUGACACACAAUGUUGUGGGUAGCCGGCAGGUGAGAAUCAUUGAGGGCAGCGGGUGAGUGGAUGUCACACUGAGAGGUAGAGAGAGGGUGGGAGAGGAGAGAGGUGCAGGAUAAUAGCAGCAGCAGCAAAAGGUGUACACAAUGUGCUGGUGGCUAUUUUUAGCCAGCCAUAACCAAGGACAAAGCUCACCCACCAGCAGCCUGUCUGACCUGCCUGAUUUUUGUCGGUGUUGUUUGGGGAUGCAGCCUACUUUGAAGGGGGUCUUUGUGUAUGCCUGUUCAUUAUUACAUAAAGCCAGAAAUGGUUCCAGGGGCCAGGUUUAGCCUACAUUUAACCAAGGCCUAAAAAUUUCAUCAGCCAGGCCAAGUGAUUAGAAAUAUGGGGCACAUAAAUCCUCACGAGCUGCAGCUGGACCCUGAACAAAAAUCAAUCGCAAAUCAGUUGCCAUUCUGACCCCAGUGAAUGAUGUCCACCAGGGGAGGAGACGAUAAAUAUUAUUAACUCCCUGGACCAACACAGCUGCUGAAACAUGUCAUGGCACCUCAGCCAAUGAGGGCGCAUCACCAGAGCAUGGUCAUUAAAACACCCACGGCUGCUGUCUUCUUUUUUUUUGCCCCCUCAUGUGAAUCCUACUCUCCAGAUGGGAAGUCUAUGAUUCAUUCAUGCGCUUGAUCACAGAUCAGAGCUGUCAGAAAUCAAACCCCCUGCACAGACUGUUGUGCACAAGUGGCUUUCAAUUUUUCUAUCAAACAGAAAUAGAAAGAAAUGUGUAAAGGUGGCACUAGCUGUGUGUCCUUUCAAACUUGGAGAUAAUGCACAGGGCGGAGACAUGUAGGAGUUUGCUAUAAUUUUGAGCUUUAGGAAAAUGCUUCAUGAGCAAUGCCUGCACAGAUAAAGUGUUUUGUGUAGGCAUGAGAACAUACAGAUAAGUGUGGAGUGUGGAGGAGUGCUGCAGCUCUGAAUUAGAACACCCGUCUCUGUGCCACAGUGAACUGUGCAGCAGCACCCACAGCAGUGUGGGAGAAAUAAAAGUCUUGAGUAUAUCUGCACCCAGUGACUCAGAGAAGCUUCACAAGUGUCUGCGCACAACUGAAACUGGCACAGAGCAUGUGUAUAUUUAAAUGUGCUAGCCGAUGCAGUGUCCUGACAGGACUGAUGUUCCCGUUUACCAACAAUAAUCUGUCCAUUUGUGUGUGAACAUUUUUGUAUAAAGAAGUAAGUAGGAGUAAAGUGUAGUCAACAGUUCCACCUCUAAACUGUGAUUUAAAAAAAAAUCAUUUACUGUUUUGAAGUCUGUGCUCCACAAUCAAACAACUUGAUUAUUAGCCAUACACACAAAGAAAGAAGUAAAAGUCACUUGCAAUCAAAAAGAACCAUUUUGUGUAAUCACUGGCUGAGGUUUCAUUAUGGAUAUGUUUUGCUGAUUGAUAAGAAGAAAUGUGACUAAAAGUUUCAUUAAUAUUUGGUUUUUCUUCUUCUCAUUCCAGAUCAAGUAAAGCAAUCAGGGGGGAAAGUCCUGGUCCACUGUGAGGCAGGCAUCUCACGCUCACCCACCAUCUGCAUGGCAUACAUCAUGAAGACGCAGCAGCUUCGGCUAGAUUCGGCUUUUGAUAUCAUAAAGCAGCGCCGUGCAGUCAUCUCCCCCAACUUCAGUUUCAUGGGUCAGCUGCUGCAGUUUGAGUCAGAGGUCCUCUCCAUGGCUCCAGCUCACGCUGCCACACCUGAACCAUCUACACCCUGUGUCCCAGAGUCCGCCUCUUUUUUUGCCAGUGACUUUUCGGCCACCUUCAACACCAAAAACUUUGAGCCACCUGUGUUCACCCUCCCUACCUCUUGCCUGCAGUCCCCGGUCCACCAACCAUUAAAACUGAGCCCAAUAACUGCACUGCCUUAA